UGGGCGAUGCAGAUGAGGAGUGGACGGUCUGUCUGUCCUUUGGCCACACUGCUGGGGCCGGUGCUCAGUUCAGCUCCAAACCGUGCGCGGGAACUUUGGGUAACGGAGAGCCAGAACAGGACCCUGAACAGAACUGAUCCCCCAGCCAGCCACAACACCAAGUGGGAUGCGAGCGGGGGCCAGGGCUGCGGCGGAGGAGCUGGUUCAUUGGGCAGACUCCAAGGGUUUCAGGUCGUUUUAGGGAAGUUGAGUCCUUAGAGGGUGGCAUUUGGGGCAAGAACGCACAACAGAAUGUCCCCCACCUUGGAGGUAUGCUCACCGAACCCCUAGGGGAGGGCGGAAGAGCCGGGCCCAGGGCGCAGCCAGUAGCCCUGGGGAAGAAGCACUUUUGGGUGAGAGGGUGGUAUUUGUGGUUUUCACUGCUCCUGCCCCUCUGGGGUUUGACUGAGGCUGGACUGGGCCAACGGGGCCAGGCAAGGCCAGGAAGGGUGGGUCACCUGAGACACAAACAUGACCACCUGCCUGGGGGGAUGGAACCGGGCUGGGGUGAGGAGUUUGUACACUGCUACUGGGUGAUUGGGAGGCAGCUUGGAUCUCUAAUCGUGAUGUUGAAACUGACAAGUUUUGAGCCUGAAACUCCUGGCUAGCACCAGGGCUAGCUAGGGCUUGUGCCCUAAGGAAACGCCUGGAAAUUGCUGUCUGAUAAAAUGUAGGAAAAGUGGCUGGGGCCAUGGACUAGCAUUGGUAUGGGCUUUGUGUCUCAUGUGCCCUCGAGACAGCUAGGACUGGGUUGCUUACUUUUUCGCUCUUCUCCUCUCAGCCUCAACCUCGCCAUGGCUUCCGCUGGCCUGCAAAUCCUGGGGAUCAUCCUGACGCUGCUCGGCUGGGUGAACGCCCUGGUGUCCUGUGCCCUGCCCCUGUGGAAGGUGACCGCCUUCAUCGGCAACAGCAUCGUGGUGGCCCAGGUGGUGUGGGAGGGGCUGUGGAUGUCCUGCGUGGUGCAGAGCACGGGCCAGAUGCAGUGCAAGGUGUAUGACUCCCUGCUGGCGCUGCCCCAGGACCUGCAGGCCGCCCGCGCCCUCUGUGUCAUCGCCCUCCUCUUGGCUCUGCUCGGGCUGCUGGUCUACCUCGCGGGAGCCAAGUGUACCACCUGCGUGGAGGACAAGGACUCCAAGGCCCGUCUGGUGCUUGUCUCUGGGAUCAUCUUUGUCAUCUCGGGUGUCCUGACCCUUAUCCCUGUCUGCUGGACCGCCCACACCAUCAUCCGGGACUUCUACAACCCUUUGGUGGCCGAGGCCCAAAAGCGGGAGCUGGGGGCCUCCCUCUACCUGGGCUGGGCAGCCUCUGGUCUUUUAUUGCUGGGGGGGGGGCUGCUGUGCUGCACAUGCCCCUCGGGGGGGGCCCGGGGCUCAAACCAUUACAUGGCCCGAUACUCCGCCUCUGCCGCACAUGGCACCUCUCAGGGUCCCUCCGAGUACCCCGCUAAGAAUUAUGUCUAAUUCCGGUAGGGGAGCGGGCACUCCCUUGACAGCGGAGUCUAACUUCCUGAGCCGGAGACGUGGAGAUGGUGAUCCAGACAGCUUUGGGUGGUUUUUUAUCUUUUUUGGGGGGGAGGGGCGGGAGGAGCAGGGGGAGUGGUAUUUUUAAAACUCAGUUGGUAACCCGACCAAGAAACUCAGCAUCUCUCUUGGGCUCUGCUGCUGGUGCGUCUCACCUUUGGAUGAUGGAGCCAAGGAGGUGAUGCUUCACAGUUUCUGGAUCUUUCUCCGCCCCAGACAUCCCCAUCUCGGAGGCCAACCCGCAGCCGUGGGCCAGCGUGAAGGCUGCCUGCUGUUCAGAUGCUUGCAGCCUGUCCCCAAGAGUCCCUCCUUAAUGGUGGGUCCUCUGAACCCCCAGGGGCUCCUGAGCCUCAGGCAGCCCGCCCUUAGAAGAGCGGGCGGUUUAAGUUACCAAAGAACCACCCACCUCCAAGUGUCCCGACCUCUGGCUCCUCUACCCUGAGUCCUGCCCCAGCUGUGCCCUAGACCACCUCCCCCGCCCCCCUCUGGCUCACCUUCAGCCCCUGCACGCUUCUGUCACGCCCUCCCUCCCCCCCCGCCCAGUUUUUGUUCAAUAAAGCUCGUCUUAUUUUGUCGCUUG